UGUUGAUCACGUGACAUGUAUUGGCUCUCACUUCCGGACACACCAACAUCGGAGGGAGAUGCUAACAUUAUCGGAGAGGUGGUAGCGGCGGCGGCAGGAGAAAGCGUUUCAGUGACCGGGAUGCUAGCUACCCGUCCACCGUUGUCAUUAUUGACUAUGGAACGCUCUUGUAGUGUGAAAAGCAGGGAUAGCAUCACCCACCAAGACUACGCACCUGCUCCUCCCUGUAGCCGGGGACACACCCCUCCACCGUCGCAACGGAGAUCAAGACGCACUAUGGUGGAUGUGACAAAAUGGCCGCUGUUUAGCCUGAUGGAAGGCGAGGAGCUCUCGUCCAUACGACAGGCCUGCGUGUUUGGAACCUCCGCCAACGAGGUCAUCUACAUCACCCACAAUGAUGACGUGUAUGUGUUUGGGCUGAACUGCAGUAACUGCCUGGGAACAGGGGAUAGCCAAAGCACCAUCCUACCUAAGAAGCUGGACUUUCUGAGUGGGAGGAAAGUGGUCAGCCUCAGCUAUGGCAGCGGACCCCACAUCCUCCUGGCCACUGAGGAGGGCGAGCUGUUUGCCUGGGGCCACAAUGGUUACAGUCAGCUGGGGAAUGGGACCACCAACCAGGGGGUCGCUCCUGUGCUGGUGUCUGCCAGCCUGCUCAACAAGAGGGUGACGGAAGUGGCCUGUGGUUCACAUCACUCCCUGGCCCUGACCAACACUGGAGAGGUGUAUGCUUGGGGCUACAAUAACUGUGGCCAGGUGGGGUCAGGGUCCACGGCCAACCAGCCCACCCCCAGGAGAGUGUCCAACUGUCUGCAGAACAAGGUGGUCGUCAGCAUCACAUGUGGUCAAACCUCCUCUCUGGCUGUGGUUGAGAAUGGAGAGGUGUACGGCUGGGGAUAUAACGGAAACGGCCAACUGGGGCUAGGCAACAAUGGGAAUCAGCUGACACCUUGUCGCCUGGUGGGCUUGCAGAGUCUCUGUGUGCUACAGGUGAGUGCACACACACACACACACACUACCUCCACUAACAUUAACCCCUCUCUUCCCGUCCAGAUAGUGUCUGGCUAUGCCCACUCCUUGGCCCUAACGGACGAGGGGCUGCUGUAUGCCUGGGGGACCAACACCUAUGGCCAGCUGGGCACAGGCAACAAGAGCAACCAACUCAGCCCAGUCCAGAUCAUGGCUGAGAAGGAGAGCAGGAUUGUAGAGAUUGCAGCAUGCCACUCCACACACACCUCAGCAGCUAAGACUCAGAGUGGCCAGGUGUACAUGUGGGGCCAGUGUAGGGGUCAGUCCAUCGUCUUGCCCUUCCUCACACACUUCUCCUGCACUGAUGACGUUUUUGCUUGCUUCGCCACGCCCUCCGUCAUGUGGAGGCUGCUCUCUAUGGAGCAUGAUGACUUCCUGACAGUGUCCCAGUCUUUAAAGAAGGAGUUUGACAGCCCAGAGACGGCCGACCUCAAGUUCAGCGUGGACGGCAAAUACAUCCAUGUGCACAAGGCUGUGCUCAAGAUCAGGUGUGAGCACUUCAGGUCCAUGUUCCAGUCCCAUUGGAAUGAAGACAUGAAGGAGGUGAUAGAGAUCGACCAGUUCACCUACCCCGUCUACCGCUCCUUCCUAGAGUUCCUCUACACAGACAACAUAGACCUGCCCCCAGAGGAUGCUAUUGGUCUGCUGGACCUGGCCACAUCCUACUGUGAGAACCGCCUGAAGCGUCUCUGUCAGCACAUCAUCAAGAGAGGCAUCACCAUAGAGAACGCCUUCUCUCUGCUCGCUGCCGCCGUGCGCUACGACGCAGAGGACCUGGAGGAGUUCUGCUUUAAGUUCUGUGUGAACCACCUGACGGAGGUGACCCAGACUGCAGCCUUCUGGCAGAUCGAAGGCAACCUUCUCAAAGAGUUCAUCUGCCGAGCCAGCCGCUGUGGAGCCUUCAAGAACUGACCGCUGAACUGGCUCAUCUGUCUCCAUCACAGGGGGCUACGCUAGGCUAACCACGCUCUGGUCUGCCAUCUGAUACGAGACACCAGGCUGUUCCGUUAGCUGUAGCUCCUGCCAGUGGUUGUCUGUUUACUGCACAUGAGAUGGGUGGCAAAGGAUGUUAAGUAGUUACCCUAAACCCUGUAUAAGGGGUGUUACUAGAUAGUUAUAUAAUCUUCCAUCUCCCAUUGUGGGUUGGUAGUUACAUCUUGCAGCUUUGGAGGCCAGAGUUUUUUUGCAAGUAUUUUGUUUCCAUUUUUUCCUUCCAAUCAUACGUGUGGAUUGAGUUCUUCUUGACGAGUGAGGAGCACGUUUGCACUUUCUGAUAUGGUGCAGUGGGUUCUGGGAAAGCCUGUGUGAGAUUGAUUAUAUAACUUGUCACUACUGACAGAUAGCGGUCUUCAGUGUUCCAAUUGAACAGUGGGUCUCAUGUUAUUAGAUCCAGUCUUAGGGAUUGAUUCAAUCAGAUCUGCUUUAGCCAACAUCUGCAUAGUGGUUGUUUUUGGGGUGUCGGAGGUGGAACUGCGUUAGAGCUGUCAAAUCCACAAGUGGUUCCCGGCCUUAAACCUAAAGCGGACAUUGCCAUUGGCUGCACGGAGUCCCAUUAACAGUAACCCCAUGUAGCCUUGUGUACAAGUUUGAACACUGGAAUGUGAGAUGUAAUCUACACGUCGAUUAGGACUAUAGAAAUCCUCAUUAUUUAGUUUCAUGAUUUUUCAAUUUGACUGCCCACCUUCUUGUUCUGAACUUCUAACACGACUGGGACAGGUGUGGCUUCGUGACAAUGAUCAAGAGCAGCUGCUCACCGAUCUAAUGGCUCCAACACAGUUCAACCUCCAAAACAUCCGCUAUACUGGUGUCUGUUAUUGCCUGGUAACGCUUGAUCUGAUUCAAUCUAGGCCUUAAUCUGUUUGAGCAAUACAAAUGUUCCACUUGUGAAAUCACAUCAUUCCUAAAAAGAGUAACAAAAAAACCUGUGCAUAGGGUCAAUGUAAACUCCAUGAGAGUUCUUGGAGAACAUUGUCUGUGAAGCACAUUGGGUUGGCUGGGUUUUUGAACGCAAUAUUUUCAGCCUAUGUUGAAAGAUGUUACAGAUGACUUCAGACAUUUACGGUAUUGUUACUUUUCAGUAAUGUUUGCACUAUCUCAGCUGUACAGAACUAUUAUACAGAAAUGAUAAUCACCUAUUUUUAUGAUCAUUAAAGACAACUUGUAGAUAUUUAGUGACACACACUGAGUGUGAGAAA